AAAUUCAGUGAGAGUGAUAUCCAACAAAUCCCAAUCUUCACCUGGCACUAUACAGGGGAAAUGCAUCAUCGAUCUACUUGGUGUGCAAUUCUUGUUCUGACGAUUGGUGUUGUUUACGGGCACACCUCUGUUACCAACGUCACUGAGACAAGUUACGACAUGGGCGAAGAAGCGCAGAAACUUGGUCAAGUUUUGAAGGAGUUCAGCAGAAGGCUGAUGGUCGUCCUUAGGAGCCAGUCAAGCAUUGAUGACGAGGAACUUUGUGGCAAGUAUAAGGACAUCAUCUCCCAGGCCCUUGAGGCUGUCAAAGACCUCGAUCCCUUCGAACCUGGAAAGAUGCAACAAGCGCGCGACGCCAUAGAAGGCAUCCUUCUAAGAAAUCAAGAAAGGACUGCCUUCGAGGACAUGGACCUGUUUGGUUCUUUCAUGAAGGUUGUCGGAGAUGACAUCACUGACAUCGGCCAAAGGUUCAUUGACCGAGGCAUCCACCUGUGCGGAAACAUUGUUAUUGAAGAUGGGCUGACAGACUUUGAAAAGGAAAACUUUAAAUACUGCGCCAACGUCUUCAAAUUGAGUUCAAUGCAAAACUGGAAAGAAUAAAGU